UACGAAAUUUGUUACUUACUAGGAAAACAUAUGAAACCGUUUACUGACGCUGAGAUAGUGAAAGAGUGUUUUAUAAAUGCUUCAGAUAUAUUAUUUGACAAGUUUAGCAAUAAAACACAGAUAAUAUCACAAAUCAGGCAACUACAGCUCUCAGAUUCCACCUGCGUCAGGCGAAUAGAAGAUAUUUCGAGGCAUAUUUCUGAUUGUAUCAUAGAAGACUUGAAGAAUUGUAAAUAUUUCAGCUUGGCAUUUGAUUCGAGCACCGAUGUUUCCUCGAUAUCACAAUGCUCAGUUUUUGUACGGUACUGUACAGAACAGAAUAUUGUUCGAGAAGAUUUUCUGAAGAUUCUGCCCAUGAAAGGUCAAACCAGAGGAAUUGAUUAUAUCGAUACUAUUUGUACUUUUAUGGAUGAAAAUAAUAUUGAUAUAAAAAAACUGGUAAGUGUUUGCACGGAUGGAUGUCCAUCUAUGACUGGAUCCGAUGUUGGGUUUAUUUCACUUUUGAAAAAAAAAUAUGACCUUAAAAAUCUUCUCUCAUUUCACUGCAUCAUACAUCAAGAAAACCUCGCAGCACGUACUACUGUGCCAGAAAUUGACGCCAUAAUGAAAACCGUUGUAAACAUCGUAAACUUUAUUAGAGCACGAGAACUGAACCAUAGAAAAUUCAAGAGCAUGUUACAAGAACUAAAUAGUGAAUAUGGUGAUGUUCUUCUACAUACCGGAGUGCGAUGGCUGAGUAGGACAAAAGUUGUAGAACGGUUUUACGCUUUAAGGCACGAAAUAAUAUUAUUUCUACAACAAAAUAAUAAAGUUUAUAAAGAGCUUGAGCAAGACAGUUGGUGGUGUCUUUUAGCGUUUCUUUGCGAUAUAACAGAAAAACUUGGUGAACUUAAUCGUCGAUUACAAGGUGAGCAUAAACUUAUUUCUCAAAUGGCAAGUAAAGUGUUUGCUUUCGAAGACAAACUUCAUAUGUAUAUCGAAGAAAUAAAAAAUGAAAAUCUUCAUAAUUUUCCAACAUUGAUAAAAGCUCAACAGGAUGGAAUUACGGUGUCCCCGGAUAAUCUGGUAUAUAUUUCUAAUUACUUACUUUCCUUAAGCAACGAAUUUCUGAAAAGAUUUCAGGAUUUACGUAAAAUAAAGAAAUGUCUUCUCUUAGUUGAAAAUCCCUGGCAUUUAGAAGUAGCCACUACAACAGAGCUUGCAUUAUUGGGGUUUGAUAAUGUAAAAUUAUCUGAUGAGCUGAUUGAUUUAAAAAAUGAUACGAAUCUGGAGGCAAUUUUCAAAGAGAAAAGAGAGACACAUCAAUAUGAAGAAUUUUGGAAAUUAGUACCGGAUAACUAUAAAACGUUAAAAAAUUGCGCACACUUACUAUUGACAUUGUUUGCAACAACUUACAUAUGUGAAUCUUCAUAUUCAAAAAUGAAAUAUGCAAAAAAUGUCUACAGAUCUCGGCUUACUGAUCCCCACCUAGACGACGUCUUGAGAAUAGCAUGCAGUAACUAUGUGCCUGAUUUAACAAAAAUUGUCAAGUUGUUACAAUGUCAAAAAUCACAUUAAUUUUUAAAACAUACUUAAAUAAAUGCUUAUAUUUUGUAAUAUAUAGUUUUAUUUUAUUGUCGCAUAAUCUUCCCUUCACCGCUAAUAACAAAUGCGAAAGAAACCCAGUCUGUCUGUUACGCUUUCGUGACUAAACCACUGAAUCGAUUUUGAUAAAAUUUGGUACAUAGAUAGACUAUUUGCUCGGGUCGUAUGCGACAUAGGUACGUAGGUAUAUUACUGCGGCCCGUAAGAUUAAACAGUAGCAUCUAUGUGGCCCGGGGUAAAAAAAG